AUGGCUUCCACGUCCAAGAGGAAGGCCAUCGGCGAGGCUGAGUUCGACGAUACUGGAGGUGUCAAGCUGGCGAAGAAGCGUCGCGUCCGCAAGCAGCUUAUCAAGGAGCCGAAGAAGUCCACACCCAACCUGCUCAUGAAGCUGUCCGGAGAGCUCCGGAACCAGAUCUACGAACUCGCGCUUACCGAUGCCGGCAAAUCCCUCAAGCGACAACCCUACGAGCCAGAUCACGCUGGCGCCAUCCUCAUCGGAAACCGCAGUUUCAAGGUUGGCGGUCCGGACACCUGGGUGGUCUACAAGCCGGAGAGCGUGCAGGACGGCCGACGGUAUUCGUCUUGCGAAACCCAAAGGGUACCAGCGUGGAGGGAACCAGGGCUGCUGCAGGUGUCGAAGCAGAUCCGCCAGGAAGCCAUGGGUGUGUAUUUCGAGAUCAACUCCUUCCGCCUCUCCAUCGGCGUGCAGCACAUCUCGCGCGGCAUGGAGUGGCUGUCGCGCCUCCAUGCGAAGUUUGGUGCAGCUAUGUUCGACAAGCUGCACAUUCAAUCAACUGUGAUGGGCGCGAAGUGGAGGGCCACCGUCCCGUCCUGGUACUCGAUUGCGAACUUCGUUUUCCAGACACCACUUCCGGAUGUUGUCGACAAAGAUGGCCCUGCUGCUGACGUCGAGGAGAGCAAAUACUGGAUGCGCUACUUCGGCGUCAGCACCCAGACCCUCCGCCGCAUGGGUUACUUGGCCUUCACGUCGAUGGUCACCUUGAGUGUGAGAGCGAAGCUCGGCAAGAUGGAGCACCGACGAUUCCAAGCAGAAUUCCGCGACUGGGCUUUCAACCUCAUGUCGUCGAACCCUCGUCCAAGACUGGGUGAUCUCAACGGAGCCAGAAUUUGGACCAAGAUCCAUGCGGCGAUGCAAUGCGCAGACCCCUGGGUCCUGCCGAAGGGGGUGAUUGACUUCCAGUCGCUCGGUAUUCAUCCCCCAGUUCGUCAUCGUCGCCGCCGCUAA